AUGCCAGGUGGGCGAAAAGAGUUGAUGGAAUACCUUGACAAUCUGGGAAUCACUUCAGAGACGACUGAACAUCCCGCAGUCUUCACUGUGGAAGCCAUGAUGCCCUAUGUUGGACAUCUCCCUGGCGCUCAUAGCAAGAACCUCUUCCUCAAAGACAAAAAGAAGAAACGAUUAUGGCUUGUCACAGCUCUUGCCUCUCGCGAAGUAAACCUGAAUGAUCUUGCCAAGAAGGUCGGCGCAAGUGGAGGCUUUCGUUUCGCGGAUGAGGCGAUUAUGUUGGAGAAACUUGGAGUUGGACAAGGUUGUGUGACACCCUUGUCCUUGUUUAACGACACUCAACAAGAAGUGACCUUUUUACUAGACGCAAGCUUUGUCGAGGACAAUCAUGAGCAAGUGAACUUCCACCCAAUGACCAACGAAGCCACGACAGGAUUAAAACCUGAAGAUUUUAUGAAAUUUGUCAAAGCAACAGGACACGAUCCAGUUUUAGUGCACUUCUAG